AGCUAACUGGUUGAACCGAUCAAAUAGAUCAAACCAAGAACCGAUGAGCAAGCCAAUUUUAUGCUCGGUUCGGGUUUUAAAACUUUGCCGUGGAGCAAGACGUGGAAGAGGAGGAAGAAAUGCCCAGAACACUGAUCAAAGCAAAGAUGAAAAUUCUCAAUUCACCUCUUUGAAAGGCCGUGGCAAAGGAGGAUCAAGGCCAUAUCAGAAGAGAUUUGGCAACAAUGUGAAAGCCAAUUUCUCUCAAGAUGAAGAUAAAGAAGCUAAUGAAGAGGUGGAAACAACUCUCUUGUUGGCCUGCAAAGAGAUGAAGAAUGAAGACAAGCACUCUUGGUACCUUGAUGCUGAAGCAAGCAACCACAUGUGUGGAAACAAAGAAUUAUUUGUGGAGCUUAAUGAGAAAGUUGGUGGCAACAUCACCUUUGGAGACUCCUCCAAAAUACUAGUGAGGGGAAACUUGAUUGCCAAAGUCCCAAUGUCAAAGAAUCGUAUGUUUGCUAUGAACAUACAUAUAGAUGUGGCUAAAUGCCUAACGUCUUGUUACAAAGAUUCUUCAUGGCUGUGGCAUUUGAGAUUUGGGCAUGUGAGCUUUGGAGGACUUAAAGCUAUGGCUAGCAAAAGAAUGGUGAAAGGCUUGCCCUUGGUGAACCAACCUGAUCAACUUUGUGAAGGUUGUCUUCUUGGUAAACAAUCAAGAAAGAGCUUCCCAAAAGAGUCUCAAUCAAGAGCUAUGAGGCCAUUACAGCUAGUUCACACCGAUGUUUGUGGGCUGAUCACCCCAUGUUCUUUCGGUAAGAACAAAUACUUUCUUUUGUUCAUUGACGAUUAUAGCAGAAAAACAUGGGCAUUGGGAUCUGACAGGGGAGGUGAAUUCACUUCUAAAGAAUUUCAAGAGUUCUAUGCUGCCAAUAGAGUUCGCCAUUUUCUUAUUGCUCCAGGAUCGCCACAACAGAAUGGAGUGGUGGAAAGAAAGAACAAAACUAUUCUGAAUAUGGCAAGAAGCAUGAUGAAGACCAAGAAGAUGCCAAGAGAGUUCUGGGUUGAAGCUGUUGAGUGUGUUGUCUACUUGUUGAACCACGGCACAACAAAAGCAGUUGAUAAUAAAACUCCAAUUGAAUUAUGGAGGGGAAGAAAGCCCUUAGUCCAUCACUUGAAGGUGUUUGGAAGCAUUGCAUUUGCCCAUGUUCAUGAUGGAAAGUGUACCAAGCUUGAUGACAAGUGCAAGAAGUAUGUGUUUGUUGGUUAUGAUUCUAGAACAAAAGGGUACAGGCUUUACAAUCUGGAUGGCAGCAAAGCAGUCAUCAGUAGAGAUGUGGAUUUUGAUGAAGAAGCCAUGUGGGAUUGGAAAUCUCAAGAAGAGAAUUAUGAAUUUCUUCCAUCUUUUGCAGAAGAAGAUGAUGAAGAAGAAAGACAAGAAAUCAUUACUCCCCUAGCAUCAUCGUCUUGUGGUGAAAUUUCAUCUUUGGAAGGAAGCUCAAGUGAAGGGCCUUUGCGAACAAGGAGGCUUAGUGAUAUAUACUGAGAAACUGAAGAAACUAAUUAAUGAGUUGAAUUUGUAUAUAUAUUAAUGUGAAAUUGUUGCCUUGAUAUUAUUGAUAUUCGGAUGAGUUUUAUGAGAUUUUACUGAGUUUUAUGACAUUUUACAUGGAUUCUCAUUCUUACGGUAGAAAAGGGCUUGAAUGCAUAAAAAUAAGAAGUUUUGGGAUUAAUUGAACAUCUUUUGAAAGUUGAGGGAUUGAAUUGCAAGAAGAAGGGCACUUAUUUGGGACCUUAAUGAAUGAAUCUUGAGUUU